UUGCGCAAGUUUUCUUCUGGAUUAGCAAAUGCAACAAUGACUUCGGGUUGGCCGAAAGGCUCUGUCACCAUGGCAGCUUCUGCUGCAUUCCCACAAUCCCUUGCUUACAUUACUGCAUCAGGGGCGGGGCUUGCUGUGUUUUUGUUCCUCGCUUCAUUGCUUUUGGUCUCGAAUCCGUUAUCUAGUACAGUUCAGGGAUACUUUUACAAGCUUGAUACACCAAAAGUGAUUCUUCCUCCAGUGAUGCCACAGGAUCAAAUAGAUAGUUAUAGUAAUGUAGACUCUGGUGAUAACAAGAGCCAGCCAUCUGGGUUUAAUUUUACCACGAGUUUGAGCGGUGUUAAUGGUAGUAUAAGCGAGGGUGUGAGGUAUUCUUUGCCAUCUGGUUCGGAGUCAAAUGUGGAAGUUCCAAAUAGUAAUAAAGAACCAAGAGAGGAUUCCAUGAACAAAGAUGGUCAUGUGCAAGUUCCAGCUGGUAAUAAGGAAAUGAAACAGAAGAACGAUCGUCUCGCUGAUGUGAAGGAUUUAGGUAUCAAGAAUCCUGAUAGUGUAAAUGAAGAAGUAACCAAAGGUGCAAAGGUUGCAGAGGCUAGCUCUGUCCCAUCUGGUCCAGAUCCCAAAUUGAAGAGUAGGGGAGAAACAUCCGAUGCAGCUAGCCAAGAGGUUAAUACAACGACUGGUUCAGAUGAUUCAGGAUGUGAUCUGUUCAAGGGAACUUGGUUCUAUGAUCCACGUGGGCCCUUGUACACGAACAGUAGCUGCCCAGUCAUAUCACUGAUGCAGAACUGCCAAGGAAAUGGAAGACCUGAUAGGGAGUACGAGAGUUACCGUUGGAAACCAUCACAAUGUGAACUCCCUCGCUUUGAUGCCAAAAAGUUCCUUGAACUGAUGAGAGGAAAAACUCUAGCUUUCAUUGGCGAUUCAGUGGAAGUUCCAAAUGAAAGAGGGAACAAAAGAAUACACCGAUUCUACUUCAGAUCGACGUCUACCACGAUUGUCCGAGUGUGGUCCUCCUGGCUCGUCCAUCAAACGCCAGAAGCCAUAGACUUUGCUCCGGAGGGCGUCACAAAGCUCCACCUCGACUCUCCAGAUGAGAACUUCAUGGAAUUCGUCCCAACCUUCGAUGUUGUCGUUCUCUCCUCGGGUCACUGGUUCGCCAAGCGAUCCGUAUAUGUGUUGAACAACGAAAUCGUGGGAGGACAGCUGUGGUGGCCGGACAAGUCUCGGGAAGCCAAAAUCAACAACAUCGAAGCUUUCGGGGUAUCUGUAGAGACCAUUGUGGCGUCAAUGGCCACGCACCCAAAUUUCACUGGGUUGACCAUCCUGCGGACAUAUUCACCCGACCACUACGAAGGUGGGGCCUGGAACAGCGGUGGCUCCUGCACUGGGACGAGGCCUCUGGAGCCUGAACAGCUGGUGAAGAACGAUUACACCGACAUAAUGCACGAGAAACAGAUGACAGGGUUUCAUCGUGGCAUCCAGAAAAAGUCGAAUAAAUCAAAGUUUGUGAUGAUGGAUAUUACUGAAGUGUUCAGUUAUCGGUAUGAUGGGCAUCCGGGGCCAUUCCGGACUCUUAGCCCCGAUGGAAAACCUCGAACUCGAAUGCAGGAUUGCUUGCACUGGUGCAUGCCUGGUCCAAUCGAUACGUGGAAUGAACUCGUGCUCGAGAUUAUAAGGAGAGAAUACGAAGGCAAAAGGAGCUCCUCAUCUUGA